AUGGCUGUUGGUAAGAACAAGAGAUUGUCAAAGGGCAAGAAGGGUUUGAAGAAGAAGGUCGUUGACCCAUUCACCAGAAAGGAAUGGUACGACAUUAAGGCCCCAUCCACCUUCGAGAACAGAAACGUCGGUAAGACCUUGGUCAACAAGUCCACCGGUUUGAAGAACGCAGCUGACUUCUUGAAGGGCCGUGUCGUCGAGGUGUGCUUGGCCGACCUACAGGGUUCUGAGGAUCACUCUUUCAGAAAGGUCAAGUUGAGAGUUGACGAGGUCCAGGGCAAGAACCUAUUGACCAACUUCCACGGUUUGGACUUCACCACCGACAAGUUGAGAUCGAUGGUCAGAAAGUGGCAAACCUUGAUUGAGGCUAACGUCACUGUCAAGACCGCUGACGACUACGUCUUGAGAGUCUUCGCCAUUGCCUUCACCAGAAGACAGUCUAACCAGAUCAAGAAGACCUCGUACGCGCAGUCCUCUCACAUCAGAGCCAUCAGAAAGGUUAUUUCCGAGAUCCUAACCAGAGAGGUCCAGAACGCCACUUUGGCUCAGUUGACUUCCAAGUUGAUCCCAGAGGUCAUCAACAAGGAGAUCGAGAACGCUACCAAGGACAUCUUCCCAUUGCAAAACGUGCACAUUAGAAAGGUCAAGUUGUUGAAGCAGCCAAAGUUCGACUUGGGUGCUUUGAUGACCUUGCACGGCGAAUCUUCUGGCGAGGAGAAGGGUAAGAAGGUUGCUGGUGGUUUCAAGGACGAAAUCUUGGAAACUGUGUAA